AAAAAUGGUUAUUCCGCGUACAUUUCUUAUUAAUGAUGGAGCUGGUUUUGGAAAAUUGGUGAGACAAUUCCAAAAAUUCCCGAUUCGCAAAACUCUGGAUUCUUUACAUAUUAAUAUUAUAUCAGCAGACAAUCCCUGGGAAGUUAAUAUGUUUUUGUUUCAAUUAUUAACAUUUGGAAUUGUUUCUCACCAAAGUGAUAUUGGAACCCUUCCGGAUAUCCACGUAUUUAUCGAAGUUGCUUCUAGUGUGGAUAGUCGAUUGGCAAAAUCAUUGCCAAUAGUUAGUUAUUUAGAUACUCCACAUCUUCGUUUCAAUUUUAACAAAUUAAUCGUAUCGAAUGAGAUUUAUAGUCCAAUUCAAGUAGUUUGUCAAUACUUGAAUGCACAUGAAAAUGCCUCAUUGGAUGAAUGUGAAAUAGCUUAUCGACAACCCACACAUAAGCCUCUUCAUACUAAAAGAUGUCAACAAUUAUUGUCCAAAUAUUUCUUCAAAACUAUUACCCCUGAUCUUUUAUCUUUUCGAUUCCUUGAAAUCUUUAUUAAUGUUUUUGCAAAUCAACUGAUCCGGUUGUCAUGCAGUUCAUUUUUCACAGUGGAGAAUCUAAGGUUAAUGAUCAAAGAAAAUAACAUUCGAUUAACUUUGUUUAACACCUUAAUGGAUGUUUCUAAAGAUUUUGCCACACGAUCAAUUCAAACCAAAAAUUCUCAAAAGCAAGCACUUUCAGAUUCACCAGAUCAAUUAGGAAACAUAACUAGUUGGGACGAUUCUAAUCAUCUUUUAGUGUUUUUCAUGUCUCAAACACCAGAUUCCAUUUGUGCUUUAUAUCGUGAUAAAGCAAAAGUUCUUGAAAAUGUUCAGACUUUACUUAAAAGUCAGCACAUUUCAAGUGACAAAUGGCAGUUAGAAGAUUAUAGAACAAUGCCAAUGGACUUAUUGUUGCAGAGAUUGGAAAGUAUAGCUCGUAAAACUCAUCAUAAAAUUAAUUAUCCACCUUAUGCUUUAUCAGCUGAUAAUCUUUUGAAGAUGGCUUUGAUUUUGUUGAGAACACGCGCUAACGUACCUGUAGUAAUUUGUGGUGAAGCUGGAUGUGGAAAGACAAGCUUGAUUAGUUUCCUUGCUAGAGUGGUUGAAGCGGAAUUUCACGCUUUAAAUCUUCAUGCUGGCAUAACAGAGGAGAUGAUCAUUCAAUUUAUGGAAGACUCUCAGAUAAAUGUUCAUCAUCAUGAAGUCUGGUUGUUCUUUGAUGAAAUCAAUACAUGCAAUCAUAUAGGUCUCUUAGCUGAUUUGAUAGCUCAUAGAGUAUAUAAAGGCAAUCAAAUGUUACAUCCAAACGUUAAAAUAUUUGCUGCAUGCAAUCCAUAUAGAAUUAGAAUUAAAAGUUCAAGCGCUGCAGGAUUGCGUAUUAAAAGAUUUGAUGAACAAAGAAGUAAUUUAGUUUAUGAAGUAAAACCAUUACCCGACCAAAUCUUAGAUUAUGUUUGGGAUUAUGGUGUUUUAGAACCAAGUGAUGAAAGAAAAUAUAUAGAGAUUAUGACAAAAACUCAACUUGACAAUAACCUACAUCAUGAAAUGCUUGCCGAUCUAUUGUUCACUUCACAACAAUUUAUUCGAAAUGUUGAAGAAAAGUAUACUGUUAGUUUAAGAGAUGUUAAAAGAGCUAUUACUUUAAUAAAGUUCUUUUAUAAUUCAUUACAAGACCGGCCUCGGGUUAAUAAAGAAGUACCGUAUCCAACUGCUAAACCUAAUAUAGUUUUACGUUCGUAUAUACUUGGGCUAGGAUUUUGUUAUCAAUCUAGAUUAUAUGAACAAGAACAGCGAACAAAAUAUAGGAAAAAGAUGUGUGAAAUAUUUCUAAAAAACAAGUUUUCAAUUCGAGAGGAAUUGUUUGAACACGUGAUUAGAGAAGAACAAGAAGAUUAUGUUAAUAGGAUGACACUCCCAUUUAAUACUGCAAAAAAUGAUGCAUUAUUGGAAAAUGUGCUGGUUAUGAUUGUUUGCAUUCUCACCAAAAUUCCUGUGUUUAUUAUUGGAGCUCCUGGGUCUUCGAAAUCUUUAGCAAUUCGACUUGUAAGUCAGAACUUACGUGGUUCGGAUUCCAAUGAUGCAUACUUUAAAACUCUACCUCAGGUAUACUUAAUUCCUCAUCAAGGAUCAUCAUCAUCAACGUCUGAUGGCAUAAUUAAAGUCUUUGAAAAAGCCAAAAAGUUUCAAGACACAAGUUCAGAUGAUUUUCCAGUGGUCAGUGUCGUAUUAUUGGAUGAAGUUGGAUUGGCUGAAACAAGUCCUCAUAACCCAUUAAAAGUUCUUCAUUCUCUAUUGGAACCAAGUUAUCCUGCUGAAGGACCAACUGUUUCUGUUGUUGGAAUUAGUAAUUGGAGAUUAGAUAAUAGUAAAAGCAGUAGAGCCCUGUUAGUGCAAAGACCGCAAUUAACACUUAAUGAUCUUGUAGAGAUAGCAGUGCGUUUACUUAAUGACGAAUCAACCACAAAAGUACAGCCAUCUUCUGUAAGGCACAUAGCAACUGCCUACUUAGAGUAUGCAGAAUCUGGACAAGUAAUUCCAAAUUUCCAUGGACUUCGAGAUUACUAUUCUUUAGUUAAAAAUCUUUCAAGCCAGGAACUAACACCAAAGAAUAUACAAAUGUCUUUAGCUAGAAAUUUUGGCGGUACCAAUAAUUAUUCUGAAAUAUGUAAAAAAUAUUUUGGAAAUGUUAUAGAUAUUUUUAAUUCAAAUCAAAACUGGACUUAUGAACCGAUAUCGACUGAAUUUUUAAUUAAUGCAAAUCUUGAAGAUGAGUUCGCUAGACAUUUAAUGGUAAUCGGAAACAGUGAUUCGAUUGUUAAUUUAUUAGUUUAUCAAUUGAGACAGCGAGAAUUGGAACCAGUUGUUAUUUUUGGAUCACAAUUUCCUAAAGAUCAAAAUGAUCAAGGAAGUGACUAUUCAUAUACUGUUUUGAGUAGAAUUAUGAUGUGUGUGGAAGCUGGUAGACCUCUUAUCCUAACUGACUUGGAUAUAAUCUAUGGAAGUCUUUAUGAUUUAUGGAAUCAGAAUUAUAUCGUAGUUGGUAGUAAAGAUGAUCCAAAAUAUUAUACCAGAGUUGCGCUUGGUGCUUAUGCAAACCCAAUGUUAUCCGUAUCAAAGAACUUCAGAUGUAUUCUUGUAAUGGAUGAAUCAAAAGUAAAAGAUGCUGAUCCGCCACUCCUAAACCGAUUCGAAAAACAAAGAAUGACAAUGAGAGAUACAUUUACAUCCGUUCACGAAGAAUUGGUUGAGGAAUUAACUUCUUGGGCAAAGAGAAUGUCAACUAUAACAUCAAUGCAGCUCGCUGUUUCACAGGAUAAAUUUACAUUAAGUGACUUGUUUAUUGGAUUUAAUCCCGAUGAAACUAUUCAGAGUUUGGUGAUUGAUAUUAAAGAGACUUAUCAGUGGAUGGAUAGUUUGGAGAUCUUGGAAAAGUGUAAAGAAUGCCUGAUUGCGAUUGCUUCUUCUGAUGGCAUUGUUAGGUCUGAGAAAUCUGCAUUGGAACCCGAUGAAAUAGAACAUUGCAAAAAAGUUUACUUUAAAGAUCAACAUCAUGAUCAUCUGGAAGAUUAUUUUUCAUCUCUACUUGAUACAGAGCCGACGACUAAAGGGUAUCAAAUUAUUAUCAACACAUUUUCGAAUAUCAAUACAGACAUUGCGAAAUGUCUUAAAGACGUAUUUACUUGCCAAGUUCUUAAACUAUCAACCUUUAAAACUGAAGCAGAGUUUCAAAAUCAAAUUAAACGAUUCUGGUUCGAUUCACCAAAUAAAGUGAUGUUGGUAUUACAAUGUGAUCUUACUACCGCUAACGCUGGAUGUAUUAAGUUGGCCAAAUUUUUGAUCGAACAAUGCCGAUUAGAGUAUUUUACAAAAAUGGAACAAGCUCAAGGGUCGCAAGAACAAGAAAACUUUAUAGUUAAGCAUUGGAAACAAGUUACAAUUGAGACAUUGGUUCGACAAGAAAAACCUUUAUCAUCACUUUUGUAUGGAAGUCUUUGUGAGAUUAUUGAAGAGACUUAUCCAUUUGAAGAGAUUUUGAAACAAGAAUUGUUAUGGUGCUUAUUAUGCAUUAAGUACCCAUCUAACCUUAAAGGAGUUAACCAUCUAAAGUACAUAACCGAAAAAAUCCCUGGAAAUCAGGAACUUGUCAAUGCAUUGAAAACAAGAACAAAAGAAUGGAUAGAACAAGAAAAUUCAUUAACAGAUUGGCAAUAUCAUGUUGCAUCCAGUAAAAAGUCACUGUAUCCACAUUCGUCAUUUGUUACCGCAUUGUUAACACAUAUUCGAGCAAUGGUUCGAAAACCAUUAGCAAGAAUAUUAUGCGCACUUGAACGAGUUUCUGCAAUUGAAACAUUUAUAAACCUCAACCAUCUCAAAGAUGAGCAGCAAGAACAAUUAUCAACGUUCUGGAAGGAAAUGUUUGCGGAUAGAGACGUCAUCAAUAUUGAUCUAUUACAACAACCAAAACCCGAUAUAUAUUCAUUACCGGGAGGA